AUGAUUCCCUCAUUAGUUAGAUCAGGAGGAACUAUAUGGAAAUUUACUCCACGCAUCACAUCAACACAGCGAGCCAAGUUGCGCAAGAGACUGUUACAAGUCGAUGAAAACAUUGAACAAAUAUAUCAAGGGUUGAUUCAAUCACAGCCCGAUAAAAAUGAUGGCGAUAAGACUGAUCUGGCCAAGAUCAAUUAUUUGAAAUUCGAAUUUCCAAAGUACAACGACUUGGGUAAGAAGGAUCGAUUUUUCACCUUUAAUAGAAAUCUGAAGGACUAUAGAAAACCUGUGCAGCGGGUACCGAAAUGGACAAAAUUGUCAUUUAGAGAGAAUCCGAAAUAUUUCUAA